AACUGAAGUACACAGACAGCUGCGAUAGUAGCAAGCGUUUCACAUUCCCAGUGUCCUGACGGUCUGGAAGCAAGAGAAACUCACAAGCCCUGCUUUAAGAUCCUUUACCAAGGUCUGAGGUAUAGAUCUAUUCAUAAAUAUAUAUAUAUAAAAGAAGAAUUGGGGAAAAAAAGAAGGGUUACUCUUCACUAUGGGUUUGCCUUUUGAUCAAGUGGAAGAACUGCGUCUCUACCAGCAAACUCUCCUCCAGGAUGGACUCAAAGACAUGUUGGACCACAAUAAGUUUCUGGACUGUGUCUUAAAAGUCAAGGGGAAGGAGUUUCCCUGCCAUCGGCUGGUCCUGGCAGCUUGCAGCCCAUAUUUUCGAGCGAUGUUCCUCUCAGACAUGGAAGAGAGCAAGAAGAGGGAGGUCAGUUUGGAAGAUGUUGAUCCAGAUGUCAUGGGCAAGAUCCUCCAUUAUAUCUACACUUCUGAACUGGAGAUCACAGAGCAGAAUGUGCAGGACAUCUUCUCCGUUGCCAACAUGUUCCAGAUCCCCUCCAUCUUCACUGUGUGUGUGUCCUUCUUACAGAAGCGGCUCUGCCUCAGCAACUGCUUGGCUAUCUUCAGGCUGGGCUUGAUGCUGGAUUGUGCCCGGCUGGCCGUGGCAGCUCGAGAUUUCAUUUGUGAUCGAUUUGCAUUGGUCUCUCGGGACGAGGAGUUCUACCAGCUUUCACCCGAUGAGCUUAUUGCCAUCAUCUCCAGUGACUCCCUCAACAUCGAGAAGGAGGAGACUGUCUUCGAAACAGUGAUGAAGUGGGUGGGGACCAAGGACCAUGAGAGCCGGCAAAAGGCCUUGCCUGUCAUCUUUGAAAGCAUCCGCUUCCGCCUCAUGCCAAACGACUACAUCAAGGACCAUGUGGAGAAGCAUGCCAUGGUAAAGUCCAACUCGGAGCUGCUCAAGAAGCUGCAGAUGGUGAAGGAUGCCCAAAAAGGCAAAUUCACUGUGGUGAAGAAGAAGAAAGUGAAGAAAAGCAGUGAAAACCAAGCAAAAGACAAUAUUGUCAAUGGAGCAGUAGAUGAGGAGGAAGAUACAGAGGAAGAUGCUCUCCCAGGGAUCUUAAAUGACACAAUGCGCUUUGGGAUGUUCCUCCAGGACCUUAUUUUCAUGGUGAGUGACAGUGGAGCAGUGGCCUAUGAUCCCACUGCCAACGAGUGCUAUUUUGCCUCCCUGUCUACUCAAAUCCCAAAGAACCACAUCAGUAUGGUGACCAAAGAGAACCAGAUCUUCAUUGUCGGAGGACUGUACUACAACGAGGACAGCAAAGAGGAUCCCAUGAGUUCCUACUUCCUACAGUACGACCAUCUGGACGCAGACUGGCUGGGGAUGCCCCCCCUGCCCUCCCCUCGCUGCCUCUUUGGCCUGGGAGAAGCAGAAAACUCGAUUUUUGUGGUUGGAGGGAAAGAACUGAAAGAGGGAGAAAAGACCUUGGAUUCAGUCCUGUGCUAUGACCGGCUGUCCUUCAAGUGGGGUGAAGCUGAUUCCCUUCCCUAUGCAGUCUAUGGCCACGCAGUGGUGUCACACAAGGACCUUGUCUACGUCAUUGGCGGCAAAGGAAGCGACAAAAAGUGCCUGAAGAACAUGUGUGUCUACAACCCAACUAAGUUUGAAUGGAAGGAGCUGGCUCCCAUGAAAACUGCUCGGUCCCUGUUCGGAGCCACUGUGCACAAGGACAAAAUCUACGUGGCUGCUGGUGUGACUGACUCUGGCUUGACCAACUCAGUGGAAGUGUAUGAUAUUGCCACCAACAAGUGGGACACUUUCACUGAGUUCCCGCAGGAGCGCAGCUCAGUCAGCCUGGUGAGCUUGGCUGGGGUGCUCUACCUGCUCGGAGGGUUCGCCACGGUGGAAACGGAGUCAGGAGAGCUGGUGCCAACGGAGCUGAACGAUGUUUGGAGAUAUGAUGAAGAGCAAAAGAAGUGGGAAGGGGUCCUCCGGGAGAUCCAGUAUGCCUCCGGUGCCACUUUCCUUCCUGUGCGCCUCAAUGUUUUGCGCCUGACGAAGAUGUAGCGAGGCAUGAUUUAUUUAGUUUUUCCACGGGAUUCUGGGGCAAUGAGAGGUGGGAAGAUGUGCUUAUCAGCACAGAGAUGUGGCAUUUGGAUACUGUGUAGGACAUUGCAUCUGUGAUUGGUACCUUUUUACUUGGUCAAAUUGGAAAAACUAUCUUAAAGCCCUAUGGGAACUUGAAGAUGCUUACAAGAUAUCUAGAAAAGGGAACUGGAGCCACCAAGGAGCUGGUGUAGACCAAGAAGCACGGAGCAAUGAGUUGUUCUAGUCUCAGUAGACAGGACAAAAAGAUCACAUUCUUAUUCUACUUCUGCCUCCAUCAUUUUCCCUGUCUUCUCAACUGCUGUUGCACCUCCCCAACCAAGAUUGGAGGCAUAAAGUGGAUUCCAAGGCACUAAGCUGGCAUUCCCCAGGGAAGGGGGUCUAUAAAGUAGGCCCACCAACGGUAGCUGUGAGCAUGGUACUAGAGUCCACCUUGGAUGGGAAAGGAAAGGGUUGAAGCUGUGGUACAGGAGAGGUCUAGUGGGACUUCAAUGAGUUCUCAAGUGAUGAGGGUUGUUGGAAUGAGACAGUUAAAAGAAAAGAGCACGUGACUGUGGGCAGCAGAAAUGCUUUGGAAAUUGCAGUGAAAAGGAAUUAGUCUUGGUUCUUUGCCUCCACCUUGACUUUGGACUGAAUGGAGGCCAGGAACUAAGGUCUGUGGGAGGGGAAGAGUCGAGCGAGUAGUAGGGUAGGAAAGGGGAGAAGACAGGCAGAGAGAGAUAUGGGUGCUCAUCUCCAGCCUUUUGGGCUCCCCAUGGACAAUCACAGAUCACAAUAUCCUCAACUAGGGUGGGACAAGGGCUGUUUUACAGGGAAAGGUUUUAUAUUUAUGCUGUUUCUCUUAUUUUUCAUGUUCUGAUCUUUUUCUUUUUUUAAAGACUAUACUAGUUUACUAAGUACAUAGAGAUCUCAGAUGUGUUUGGCUCAAAGAGAGCUUCCCACUGUGCAAAAAUGUAUUUUUUUUUUAAGUUAUCCAUAAUGAUGUUUUGAUAGAAACACAAUUGUACUGGCAGCAGGACAAAGAUCUGCUAGAGCAAAAAUCUCCUGAUGCCCACACCAUGUGACAAGUGGUUUAUUUAAAAAUAAAUUAUUAGGCUAUUUCAAAAGAAAUCCUCUUUGUCUGCAUGUUGAUAGAGCUGUAACUGAAUGUCCACAGCAACUAAACACAACGAUCAAGCAAAAGCUGCAAUGAACACACAAAGGAAACCAGCCCAUGCAAAGGCUCAGCUUUUAUUCUUCUUAUUUCCCUCAAUUUGUGUGCUGAAACUUUAGCAUUCAUGUCUUUAUAGCUAUUCUCCAGAGAUAUCAGGACUAGGAUCUUACCUAGGACCAGAGGAAGCUGUAAGCCUUCCAGCACCUAAAGGGGGCACACAAGAAACCUAGGGAAGAGCUCUUUAUCAGGGAGUGCAGGGAUAGGAUGAGGGGCAAUGGUUUUCAGCUGAAAAAGGGAAGAUUUAGAUUAGACAUUAGGAGGAAAUGUUUUCCCAUGAGGGUGGUGAGGUACUGGCACAGGUUGCCCAGAGAAGUCAUGGCUGCCUUAUCCCUGGAGGUGUUCAAGGCCAGGUUGGAUACGGUUUUUAGCAACCUGAUCCAGUGGAAGGUUUCCCUGCCCAAGGCAGGGGAUUUGGAAUUGUUCUUUAAGGUCUCUUCCAACCCAAAGCAUUCUAUGAUUCAAUGAUCAUUCUAUGAUUCUAUGAUACCAUCAACAAGGAUGAUAAUGAGUAAUAAAAAAGAACAAAUACAAACUUUGCAAAAUAAUACCCUCAAAGUGGCAUGAAAAUUAUGAUAUCAAAAAUCAUAUCUGGCUGAUCAUCUAGUUCGAAGUGCAGUCACGGAGAAACUAAAAUAUGUUUGGAUGGAAAGACAAUUUGGCAUGAAUAAAGGAACCAGAGUCUUGUCCUGGUUUCUUUUUAAGGAUUUAAAAAGUUACAGAACAAUCUCCCUAGAGGACAAAACCAUCAGAACAGUAAUGAAAGAUUUUCAGAAGAAAAACAAAUCCAAGGUGACUGUCUGGCACGAAGUAGCUUUAAAAAAAGGCAACAAAAACCUUUGAAACUAUUAAAUGUGUGAAAAAUACACAUUAAAAAAAAUCACUUUCUACCCAGUUCUGCAGAAAUUCCCAUUGAUGACUCCCAAGAUAAUUGAAAAAUCUGCCAAAUUGACAAUAGCUUGUGGAUGAAAAGAAAAAGAAAAAUGAAGAAGAAAAAAAAUACUCCAUGUGUAGAACAAUCAUUUCUUAAAAAUUGUUUACUGCAGUGCCAUCAUUUACCACCUCCUGCCUGGAAAUGGACACCAACACCAUUGUUUCAGCUCUUCUCGCCAGAUGCAGAAUGGAAAGCUGUUGGAUCUUGAUCCUAAGAGAGGGUUAAACCCCAUCUACUGCAGCUAUGGGGUUGAACUCUCCAGGGGUAAAUUUGGACUCUUUGAAGUCCAUGAGUUGUCACGGUGUGGUUCCUUAACAAUGUCUUGAGAAGCAGCAAUUAAGACUGGUCCCCAUCCUUGGUCACUCACCUCACAACUCCGGAUUGGGAAUACAGUUAAUAGGAGCUUCAUGCUCCUGUGUAGUUCAUAUCCAUUAUAAAUCCAUGGGAGAUGCCACUCCUGGCUCAGGGCUACAAACCAGGAAAGCAGAAAUAGCUGUUGUAUAAAAGCACAAAGAAGAGCUUGAAAAAUCCCAUCACUUGAGCAACGAGGGCCAAAUCUCAGUGCAUGCAAGCCAGUGUUGGCCCAAGGAAGGUGGCAAAGUUGCACAUUGCCAAGAAAAAGCCUGUCCCAGAGAUCCCAGAGAUGUUCAACACCUUCUUGCCAAGAGGUCGCUUCAGUCCAAAGGCAAUCACAAACAAGAAAUGCCAGCAUGAAUUCACAGAGGAGCAUCACUCCUUGCUGCUGCCUGGCAUUUUCCUGGCUCAGAUGCACACAGGUUUUCCUGUGGCUAUCUUCUCAAGACAAUGCCAGCAGCAAAGGAGCAGGUACAUCCCAAGGGUGGGGGGAAAUCAUCUUUUCUUCCUUUAGCUUCCCAAUAUCAGUGAUGGUAGACGGCAAGGAUCCCAUCAUCCCAUUUGAAACCAACAAAGGCUUUUAGAUGGGUUCCUUGGUUUCUCCACUGCUCACACAGGAGCUUAGACCCAGCUCAUAGCUCACACAAAUCUCAUGGAGACAGCACAACCCAGAAGCUCGGUCCUCACCUACCCUAAAAACCCCAGGACUGCAAUCACUGAGCCCUUUCCUCUAUCCACUCAUCACUCUUCCCUGAAGAGCUCUGUUUUGUUAGCCCCACAUCAGUCCAACUAUCUGACACACCUGCACACACCUCCCACCAAACCCAACUGG